UAAGGCUAAAACCCUCGGAACUUGUUUUCAUAUCGAGGAGAGACGUCUUCGACUUUUUUUUUCGCAGUAAACCGAACCACCGAACCCUAGAAUUUUUUCCGACCUGAAUCGUGACGAUGGAGUUCUCUGCCGCCGACUUUGAAAGGCUACUCAUGUUCGAGCAUGCUCGCAAAUCUUGUGAGGCUCAGUACAUUAACGAUCCUCUUGAUUCCGAGAAUCUUGUGAAAUGGGGUGGAGCAUUGCUUGAACUUUCUCAGUUUCAGAGCAUUCCUGAUGCGAAAGUGAUGUUAAAUGAUGCUAUUUCCAAGCUGGAAGAGGCGUUGACAUUAAAUCCAGGGAAGCAUCAGGCUAUGUGGUGUAUUGGGAACGCCUACACUUCCAUUGCAUUUCUUGUUCCGGAUGUUGAUGUAGCAAAAGGGAACUUGGAUAAAGCCACUGAAUAUUACCAAAGAGCUGAAAAUGAGGACCCAGGCAAUGAGAUGUAUCUCAAGGCUUUGGAAGUCGCAGCAAAGGCCCCAGAACUGCAUGUGGAGUUCACCAGGCAACAAGUAAUGGGACAGCAAGCGCUAGUUGGAGGAGGAGGAGGAGGUCCUUCAGCUUCAUCGAAUGUUAGUAGUGGUAAGAAGAAGAAGAAGAACUAUGACUUCACUUAUGAUGUAUGUGGUUGGGUAAUCCUCGCUGUUGGGAUUUUUGCUUGGGUUGGCAUGGCAAAAUCCCUUGGCCCUCCACCACCUCCUGCUAGAUAAAGCUUAAAGCCGUAAUAUUGGUAAUGCCCGCACACACAAACUUCUAGUUACAUCUCCCAAGCACAGAGAGGUACUAAGUUGAAGAGUAACCGUUUGUGACUUACCAACGAAUUGAUUUGUUUAUUUUACUAUUAGGAUGUUUUGUCCCUUCAUAUUGGUUUUCGUUUUUCGUUCUUUUUGUCUUUGGGGUAAGAGAAGUUCUGUUGCCAUCAUCUUAGCUAUGUUGUUGUGGGUUUUGUUUGCUGGCACGAUAUAUCUAUGAGUUUUUUAUUCACAUAAAAAUACUGAAACUUCCUGUAAGAAUAACCUAUGAGAUUUGAAGCCUAAAGAUGGUACCCCUUGCAAUUUUGUGA